GAAGAGCAUAAAACGCUCAGAUCUUUUAAAAUUGGACCAAUAAAUUAAUAUCGUAGCGCCCGUUCUAAUUGUUCGUAUCGUGGAUUCGGAGAAGCGGCCAAUAAUCUUGAGAGAACCCAUUUAAUUUUACACUAACAGUUGCGGGUGUAAAAAAAUUUCAGUGUGGUUUCAUAUUCUCUUUGCUUUCAAUUUGUGUGUGUGAGUGUGCAGCAAAACAACUAAAUUAGUGACGCUUAAUUGCUAAAUUACUCAAGUGUUAAAUUUACUUUACUUCAAAAUGCUGGAUGUUCCACAUGAAGCUAAGGUGCGCGGCCACCAGCGAGCACCGUCCGACUCCAAGGAGUUCCAUGAGGUGACCAAACGGGAUGCACUACGUCUGCUGGAGCACGAUGUGGACCGUCUGCUGGAGACCACUGAGAAGGCCCGCCAGCCUGCCCUCAAGGCGGAAAUGGGUCGUUUCGCCGAUCUGUUCGGACGUUUCAUUCAGGAAGAGGGUCCCGCAUUGGACUGGAACAAGAUUCAGAAGCUACCUGAGAAUGCUGUGAUGAACUACUCGAAUCUUAAGUCGCCCAAGAACGAGCAGAAUGAGAUCCGCAACAUGUUGGAUAAAUUGGUGGUCAUCAAGCUGAACGGUGGUUUGGGCACCUCCAUGGGUUGCCAUGGUCCCAAGAGUGUGAUUCCCGUGCGUUCGGACCUUACUUUCCUGGAUCUGACCGUGCAGCAAAUCGAGCAUCUCAACAAGACCUACGAUGCCAAUGUUCCGCUGGUACUGAUGAACUCCUUUAACACCGACGAGGAUACCGAGAAGAUCGUGCGCAAGUACAAAGGAUUCCGUGUGCAGAUCCACACCUUCAACCAGAGCUGCUUCCCGCGCAUCAGUCGCGAGCACUACCUGCCGGUGGCCAAAGACUUUGACGUCGAAAAGGAUAUGGAGGCCUGGUAUCCACCUGGACACGGUGACUUCUACGAUACCUUCCGCAACUCUGGUCUGCUGAAGAAGUUCAUUGAGGAGGGCCGCGAGUACUGCUUCUUGUCCAACAUCGAUAACCUGGGCGCCACCGUCGAUCUGAACAUCCUUAACAAGCUGGUGGGCGAGGAGCGUGCCACCACUCCUGUGGAGUUUGUCAUGGAGGUCACCGACAAGACCCGUGCUGACGUUAAGGGUGGUACUCUCAUUCAAAUGGAAAACAAGCUGCGCCUGUUGGAAAUUGCCCAAGUGCCCCCAGAGCAUGUGGAUGACUUCAAGUCGGUUAAGACCUUCAAGUUCUUUAAUACCAACAACAUUUGGGCCAACCUGGCAGCCAUUGAUCGCGUUUUGCGUGAGCGUACCCUAAACAUGGAAAUUAUUGUGAACAACAAGACGCUGGAGAAUGGAACCCGUGUCAUUCAGCUAGAGACUGCUGUGGGUGCGGCCAUGAAGUGCUUUGACGGCGCCAUCGGCAUCAAUGUGCCCCGUUCCCGUUUCUUGCCCGUGAAGAAGUCUUCAGAUCUGCUGCUGGUCAUGUCUAAUUUGUAUACGCUUAAAAACGGCAGCCUGGUAAUGUCGCCACAGCGAAUGUUCCCUACCACGCCACUCGUCAAGCUGGGAGAGAACCACUUCUCGAAGGUGAAGGAGUUCCUGGGUCGCUUCGCCAACAUCCCGGAUAUCAUUGAGCUGGAUCACUUGACCGUGAGCGGAGAUGUGACUUUCGGUCGUGGCGUUUCUUUGCGCGGCACUGUGAUCAUCAUUGCCAACCAUGGCGAUCGUAUCGAUAUCCCAGCUGGAGCCAUUCUGGAGAACAAGAUUGUAUCUGGCAAUAUGCGCAUCUUGGACCAUUAAAUCAAAUCCUGUGCAAUUGGAUAUCGUCUCACUAACUGUAGCCUAAUUUUCUAAGUUUUAUGUAGUAGCCAUGUUCGCGUUCCAAAUUUCCAAUUACGAA